GAAACAACAGUUAUGGCGGAACGGGUGGAGGGAACUUCAAAAAUGAAAAGAUAAAAAUAAAAUAGGUGCGUGAGUUCAUCUGCCAUUCCCAGAGCUUCCUAAUAACAGGCCGUCACAUAAAGAUCAAGACUAGUGACAUAAAAUGACUCGAGUAGGUUCCAUGCAGCAGCCUCGUCUAGCUGAGGGCAGUGACCCGGUAAUCCGACAGGUCCCUUUACCCGUCCCAGUGCCUCUGGUCUCUGCCAGCCCCCUUAAGUGCCCGGAACUGGACCUGUCCCUCCCCGUCAGCCCUGACCCGCCUCGGCCAAACCCAGCUAGCCAGAAAAGGCGACGUAGCCAUCAGCAGGUUCGUUUUGCCCCCGAAACGCCAUUGGCUGUCACGGUGAUAGCGGAGCCUAGCAACCACCCUCUGCCUAGGCUACAUCACAAACACUCCAGCAGCUACUCAAAAGGCCAAGGGCUCCAUCAUGGCUCCUUUGCUCCUCCCCCAGAUGGAGCUCCGCGUAGAAGGGCGCAGUGGACAGAGUUAGGACCCAGUGAGGAGGCUGGUGGCAGUCUCCCUAUGGUGCCGGAGUUAAACACCACGCUGGCCCUGAAGGCUGAGCUAGAUGACGUAGCAGGGGCGGAGUUUAACUCGAAGAAGGCUGUUCAAGAGCAGCUGCAGAAGUCAGUCAGAACCAAGAACAGCGUCAGUGCCCGCGCUACAGAGGGUGUCAAUGUGCCUCCAUCACAGCAACUCUAUAGGGCGCUGGUCAGUGUCAAUGUGGAGGAGGAGGAGCUAAUCAACCAGGCUCUGCGUGACAGGCUUCUGCUGGUCCCGCCCACAUGCAGCCAUGGCAACAAGAAAGAUGAUGGCCCUGACCUGCAGGUGUUCUUCAGAGGGGAUAUUUUGAGGGAGAAGCCCCUCCUUCCAGGGGAAGACCUAACCAUGCCACUUCCCCAGCCCAUACCACGUCCUGCACACACAACCUUUGACCUCUAUCACAGACAGAAAUGCUGGGAGGCUGGACCCUGACACACACACACACACACACACACACACACACACAGACACAUACAUACAUACAUACAUACUUUGAACCGCUGUACUUAACCCAAUUCUAAAGAAUUGUCUUGGAUGUAAAUACUGUAUUUUAAACUAAUUUAAGAUAUUAAAGGUUAACCUGUAACAUGUU